CAAUAGCCACUUUUUAGCGCCUUUUUUCCCUGAUAAUAAACUCUUUAUGAAAAGACUUCUAUGCUCUUCUUCACUAACUGCAGUUCUUCCAGCAAUACACUUCAAAAUCCAUCAGGUGACCAAUGACGAGCAAGAAGAGCAAGACGAACAAGAAGCACAUGCCUUCUGGUGAAAGAUUCGCCGGAGAGAUAGAUGAAUGUCGUCGGCUUCUAUAUGAUGUGAUUCUAAGGAUGAUGGACAAAGUGUGUGAAGUGUACGGAGAUCCCCAACGACACCAGCAAACACGUCGCCAAUGUGCGGUAGUCAUGCAAUCGUAUGCAGACUAUGCUGAGGCCACUACUGGUGAGCAGUAUAUGUUUGAUUUGCAAUCUAAAUAUUCAUCUGGUGAGACAGUAGUAGAGGAUACCUCUGUUGACGAUUCAAUUGCGGCUGCGAUAGAUGCAUAUGUAAAGCAAGCUCAGUUCAUGACUGGUGAUCAGUUUAUGUUAAAUUUGCAAUCUAAAUAUUCAUCUGAUGAGACAGUAGUAAAGGAUACCUUUGUUGACGAAUCAAUGGCGGCUGACUUAGAAGCAUGUGCAGAGAAUGCUGAGGUCAUUAAUACUGGUGAUCAGUAUAUCUUUAAUUUGCAAUCCAAAUAUUCAUCUGAGACAGUAGAGGCUACCGUUGUUGAAGAAUCAACGAAGGCUACCGUUGUUGAAGAAUCAACAGAGGCUAACGUUGUUGAAGAAUCAAUGGAGGCUGCUGAGUCCAGUGAUCAUAAAACUUUUGCAAACUUAUUUGAAGAGUUGGUUGAUAAACUGAACGAUAUGGCUGGGUUGCUUCCUGUGAGUAAAACUGGUAAGGCAAAAGCCAAGGAAGGUGAUGAUGUUAAUGUGAAAGUGAAAGUGAAAGAGAAAGAGAAAGACAAAGAUAGGACUACUCUGAUUAAGUCUGGUUCUGAUGCAAAAGGAAGUGCCACUGAUGGAGAAAAUGAGGAUUUAGUUGGACUUGAAGAACAGUUAUUGAAGAUGAGAUUUCAAAGUCUUCACCAAAACAACAGAUAUAUAUCUUCAAUAUUCGAAUAUAAUGGAGGUAUAAAUGUAAGUACUAUUCUUGGCACUGCAAAAAAAAUUCUGUAAAUACUUAAACAAGCAUUGCCAAAUUUGCCAUAUGCGCACCAUACUGCUCUACCAUUGAGAGACUGAGAGUUAUGUUCAAAGUGCCAAACUAUUUUUGAGGAAUUAUGGAUUGAGUUACCUAAACGAGCAUUGCCAUAUGUCAUAUGUGCAUAUUACUUAGUGUCUAGUCAUGAUUCUCUAUGUGUCUAAUUGUCUACAUUCUUAAUUUUUAUUUGGAGUUGAUUUUA